UUGUCUUUGGUUAACCAAUUUGAAGCCGCUAAACAAUAAUAACUAAAUAGUAUUACAUAUUAAUACUUUUCUAUUUUAAUUAAUUUAAUAAACGCUUGUCUAUAAUGAAGGACGUGAUCGAUGUAAUGGCAUUGCAAAAUAACAGACGUGAAAAGCGUUUGCCGGAUUAUAGAAGUGCAGCAGGACACAGCUUGGCGACCAAUUUUGUAUUUGAGUGUGGCAUAAAACUGGGAUUGCAGCCUGCGACUAUUGCUACCGCAGCAAUUUUUUACCACAAAUUCUUUAAGGAAGCCGACAAGAAUGACUAUGAUUGCUACGUUAUAUGCACGGCAUGUUUGUGCGUUGCUGGAAAGUCGCGGGAUGAGCCAGUGAGACCAAGAGAUGCUGUUAAUGUAGCGUAUAAUUCAAUCAAUCGGGGUGCAGGGCCUAUGGAAUUAGGUGAUGAGUAUUGGUCAUGGAGGGGUGCCGUCGCUCAAGCGGAGCUCUUAGUAUUGCGAUUACUCGGUUUUAAUUUAGAAACGCCAUCACCGCAUAAGUAUCUAUUGCAUUAUUUGCGUUCACUACAAGAGUGGUUUCCGACAUCUCAGUGGCGAACUGCCCCAGUUGCUCGUACUGCAAUGGCCUUCUUACAAGACUUCCAUCAUUCACCGCUCAUAUUAGAUUAUAGAGCCCCACAUAUAGCUGUUGCCUGUUUGACAUUGGCACUCCAUGUUCUCGGUGUUUCAGUACCUCUAGCAUCUACAUUAGAUGAUGAUGCGGCUUGGUACUCUGUAUUUACAAAAGAUCUCCAAAAAGAAAAGAAUUGGGAAUUAAUGGAAAAAAUUAUGCAAGUCUACAGCAGAGAGCCUGAAACUAUUUAACUAUCUAGCUUAUAGUAUAGACGUUUAUGUAAUUUUUUAAUAAAUGACGCUAAGCAAUUUA